ACCUGGUACUGAUCUUCUUGGGUAUGUAAAAAGUGGUGCAAAGAUUUGUGUGCAAGUAAAAUUGGUAAAACAUAGAAAAAUUGGAUUGAAUAUAAGAGAUAAAGAAAAUAAUAAUUCACAUGUUAUUCUAGCAUUUAAAGUUCAGGCAGUUAAAAAAAAGAAACAUA